AUCUCCCUUAUUUAUUAUAGAUCUCCAUUGGCAAAAGAGAUGAAAGGCAGCUGGCGUAGUAGGAAUUGGCUGCCCAUGCUGGAUUUUUAUUCAUUGGUGCCAAUGUUGGGAUUUACCAUCUACAAAAAGCAGCAAAGCUUUCUGCCAAACUGGGCAUGGAAAUUAACUCAGAAGAUCUUGUUGAAUGAAGCAGCUUUGGCAAUCAUCACAUUGAUCACGCCGUUUAACGUCAGAUAGGUGCUAUUACAUCCCUUUGUUGUGUCAUUGUCUGCAAAGAAAACCCAAGGUCUUGCAUGCCUAUGUAUAAUGAUGAUUAAAAACUAUUUUGUAGAAAUGGAAUGCUUCUAAACCUUGACUGGAAUUUUCUCUGGAAAGAUGUCUCGCACUGAUGUUAAAAAGCCUUCCCUCUGCACCACUGGGCCUUUAACUAAGGAGAUGAUUAGCCAGGCUGUCUCGGCAUUUAGUAAAAUAAUGAGGUCCUGCUACGGCCCAACAGGAAGGCUUAAACAAUUUCACAAUGGCACGGGAGGUUAUGUUCGUAUUUCAUCACAAUCUUCGGUUUUGCUCAGUAGCCUUUGUGUCACUCUUCCAGUCUUAAAGCUUCUGGUAGCCUCUGUGCAGAAUCACCUUGCACUCUUCAGGGAUAGUGGCUUAUUUACAGCAAUUUUUUGCUGCAGCUUGCUUGAAAAAUAUCAAAGCCUGAAUGUUGCUCCAUGUACUUUCAUUAAAAUCAGCAAGCAUGUUUUGAGCCUGUGCAUCGACUACCUUUCAUCUGAAACCUGUGGUUGCCGAAUACCAGUGGAUUUCAGUAGUUCUAAGCUUCUCCUUAGCCUAGUGCGCAGUAUCAUAUUGAGCAAACGGGCCUGCAUGCUUAGCAGAAAGGAAGCUGAUCAUAUCAGCAUAUUGGUGUUAAAGGCCUUUCUGCUUACCAUCCCCCAAAACACGGAUUCCGGUGCUGUGCUAGGAAAAUGCCUUUACAUACCUGUAAAAAAUAAGAGAGUUAUGGAUUCUACUAUAUAUCCUGGACUUUUAAUUGAAAUGCCAGAAUUGUAUCUGACACUGCCUUUGAAAAGAACUGCUUCAGGCCUGAUCAGAGUGGCACUUUUUGGCAUGUCUAUGUCAGGAGAUUUGUCUCAUGCGGGAGAAGGAGCCAUAAUUAUCCACCACGGAGUUUCUCCAGAAGCCGAAAUGUUAGAUCAGUUGCUCAAUGUAGGCAGGCAAGUAAUAACUGAUGGUGUUGGUCUUGUGAUAUGCCAGAAGGUCAUCCACCCAACCUUGAAGCAGUAUUUAAAGGAGAACAAUAUUGUUGCUGUCGAGAGAGUUGGAAUAAGAAUGAUGGAGCCCUUGAAGGAAAUGACAGGUUCUCAGCCAAUACCUUCUUUACAAUUCCUGUCUCCUGCUUGUUAUGGCCAUCUGAAGGACUUACAGGCUCAAUGUUUUGACUCAAAAUGGUUCUUGCAUCUAAUUCCUGAUGAGCCAGUUGUCUGCAGUUUGCUACUCUGUAAUAGGAAUGAAACAGCGUGGGAUGAACUAAAGCUUGCUUGUCAAACUGCAGAACAUGUUUUGCAGUUAACAGUCAAAGAUCCGUGGAUUUUGCUGGGUGGAGGCUGUACCGAAACACAUGUGUCCUCCUACAUAAAGCACAAGAGUUGGAGUGUAACAGAGAGCACCUUGGAAGAUCUAUGCUGUUCUUCGGAGGAGUUCCACUUAGUAACUGACUGUUUUUGCCACUCGCUGGAAUCCAUCGCUCGCUCUCUGGAGCAUGACAGUGGUGAUGUUCUCAUUGAUACCCAUUGGGGUCAUUCGUGGUCUAUUCCACCUAACAUUCCUAGCGACUCCGAUUGGUCAGAUUUUGUUCAAAAGUGUGGGUGCGGCCUUUGCAGUAAACAGGAAGGCCUCAACUGGAAGAUGUUAAAUUGUUGCUCUGUUUCUUUCCUUCCCCAAAAUUGUGUUCACGAGUCCUGUGUAACCUCUGCUGACAAUCUUGUCCUGGAUUGUUUUGCGGCAAAAAGGAAUGGUCUGCAAGUUGCAGUGGAGACAGCCCAUCUCAUUUUAGAUCUGUCACAUAUAAUUGAAGAUCAUAAUUAGUUCCGCGUGUGUAUCCCACAAGCGUUAUGUAUUUGCUGGCAUUUCUGGGCCUCUUUCCAACCACAUCUCCUUGAAACUUCUGAGAAAGCUGUAACAAACAUUGGAAUUCUCAAGGUCAAGAUUAGUGUCUCCCACCAGUCUAUAGCUGGAAGGGAAAAGCAGGGCCUUCUGCGUCACUGACCCCGAGAGAAGCAUUUGCACAUAUGCUCGUAUCUUUAGGGUGCCACAGUUACAAAGGAGAAUAUCGGUUGCAAAGAUGGCAUUCAGUCAUUUCUUGAUGUAAAAUAGAUAUUUUGGACUUUUUUUUUUUUUUUUUUUGCAUGUUUGAUGUUUUAAAAAAAGGCAUGUGCUGCUGAAAACAUUUAUGCACAUAUGUGACAUUUUUUGCUGGGAUACAUGACCGCUGCUUGUCCAGGAUAUGAAAAGUGGAAGACUGUGACUAAACAAAAUCUUAUUGUACAGAUAAUAGCAGCAGAAAUUAUUUUAGCCACUUUACUAAAUGGUGGUACCAAUGUUAAGCUCACCACUUAAAACAUCAUAUAUUGGUUAUGCAUAUAAUAGGUUAAUUACAGUAUUUAAAGAUUGUGAAGUGAAACAUAAUUGAAAUCUAAUUAAUCUAUUUUUCAAAAGACAGAACAGUCCAAAUUGUAAAACAAAUCUUGUUUCAUUCUUAAUUUAAGAAUUGUUUAAUUUAAAACUGGUUUAAUUCUGAUAGAUUGUUAUAGAUUCAAAAUAUUUUUCAAGAGUACAAAAAAAAAUUAACUGUUACUAGCAUCAGCUAAAUCAGUUAUAUUUCGUGAACAAAAGUGUUUCUCCUCUCUUUCCUGUUACCUUUAUUAAUUUAAUUGGAGUGAUGUAAUAUAGGAUUAUUUUGUUACCUACUUUUCACCUUCCAGAAAACAGAAAAAAGUAAAAAAUGUGAGGUUCUUUCCUGUUGGCUUCUUUGAGUUAGCUAUUUUAGAUCUAGUAAUGCUACAAGUUUUAAGUAAGUUUCUAAAGAAGUAAUCCUAUAUAUAUUGUUAAUUUCCUCCUCUAGCGUAUAACAUACCGUAACUGAAACAUGGAUUUUUUUUGUUCUCCUCCUUCCAUUUAAUAGAUCAAAACUGUUCCAUACCUAAAUGGUUGUGAGAAUGGACUGGCCCUGCCUGUUUACAAUAUAGAGCAGUUCUUUCAGUCUUUGAACUGAGAAUAUCCUCAGGGUGCGGUAAAAAAAAGUCAAGGCGAUGGCCAUGGUAGUUUUUACCACACCCUGCAUACAUCCCUGCUUUGAAUAGUGAAUGGCCGUAUUGUUGCCUGACACUAAUGGUGAAAAAAUAUUUAUAUAGACACACAGAUCUCUCAUUUUGUUACUCUCUUCUUCAUUAUUAGUUACAAAAGUUGCAGGUGAUCCUGAAAGUGAGCUGUGAAUUCUUGCCUAUGUUUUUACACUCACUUUUGUUACUACUUUUCCUCAUGAGUUGUUCAAACUUGAACAUCAUUUUGUAAUCUUGAGUGGUCUAAUAAAGACAUUGCCUCAGAUGGAUCUUUGAUUAUGACUUUAUGUGCUUGAUCAGCUAUGUUUUUAAUAUCAUCUUUCUAAAAGAAGAACUAAAAAAAUUGCAUUUUGUUUAAAAUUGAAAUAAAGAAGUCACUGAUUUUAAUAUGUGCUAUAUAAGAAGAUAUAUGGAUAUAAAUCCAGAUCCACGCUCCAACUGCUUGAAAUCUGAGCCAUGGUUCUCAUUCCCAAGAACACUUCAGAGGUAUCUCUCAAAUGAUGCUUAGUUUCCACAUGUCAACUACACCUGUAAUCAAAGCAGCUUUUGAAACCAAAUCAAAAUCAGAGGGAAACAGAAAAUCCUACUUAGCAUAACCAAGUCUUAAGCAAGGCUAAUGUUAUUCUGAAUUUGUGCUAACUGGAAUAUAAUUUCUAUAGCUGAGUCUUUUUUUAAGAGUACUUCUUUAUUUCAAUUAAAUUCUUGACUAGUUAACUGGUAUCUGUAUUUUGGAGAUACUGUGUACAAAACAGUAUACAGUGGUACCUCGGGUC